AUGGCGGCCCCGCGCCGCGCCUGGCUCGUCUUCGGCUUCAGCACCGAGGAGGCGGCGGGGGAGCCGGGGCCGGGGCUGGGUCCGCGGCGGCUGGAGUCGGGCCCCGAGGGGAUCCGCCGCGUGUGGCCCGCCUGGAGCUACGUGGUCGUGGAGACCGGCGCGGGGCUGGAGGUGCGGAGCGCGGGGCUGCGGCGGCGGCUGCCGGGCUGGGCCGAGGCGCUGCCCUCCGAGACGCACCUGCUGCUGCGGCGGGCGGCGGCGGCCCAGGCCUGGCCGCGGGCGGCCGCGCUGCGGGGCGCGCUGCGGGGCGCGCCCGCCUGGAGCCGGGCCCUGCCGCCGGGGCCCCGCCGCCCCCCGCCGCUGCCGCUGCUGCCCGGCGGCUUCGCCGCGCCGCGGCCGCCCUUCUUCGCCGCGCUGCCCGGGGGGGUGCGGGCCCGCGGGCUGGCCCUGGGCCACGAGCACGCGCUGCUGCUGGGCGCCGCCGGGGAGACCUACGCCUGGGGGGGCGGCAGGCAUGGGCAGCUCGGCCACGGCAGCCUGGAGUCGGAGCUGCAGCCACGGCUGGUGGAGGCAUUGGCCGGCGUGCCAAUGCAGGCGGUGGCGGCUGGCGGGUGGCAUUCGGCCAGCGUUAGCGAGGCAGGAGACCUCUAUGUGUGGGGCUGGAACGAGUCAGGCCAGCUGGCCCUGCCCUCCAAAGCGCUGGCAGAAGAGCGGGCACAGGACGAGGACACAGGUGCAGGGAGGGAGCAGCCGGCUGCCGAGGGUGCCGCAUUCAUUUCCAUCCAGGCGUUCCCGGCAUUGCUGGAUCUGCCCCAGGACUUGGAGGUCAGCAAGGUCAGCUGUGGGUCCCGGCACACGGCUGUCAUCACACGAGGCGGCGAGCUGUACACCUGGGGCUGGGGUAAAUACGGGCAGCUGGGACACGGGGACAGUGCCAGCUCUGACCAGCCACGCCGCGUCCAGUACCUGGUGGCUGAGGGGCUGCGGGCAGAGGAGGUGGUGUGCGGGCCCUGGACCACCUAUGUCUGUGUGCUGGAGCCAUGAGGGGUCCACAGCCUCCACCCCCCCAGCUGCCUGUGGGGAAGAAGAUGCAGGCAAGCUCUGCUCCUGCCUGCCCGCUGCCAGGACCAGCCCCAGCACCACGCUGCCCUGGCAGGUGGGCAGGCAGCCCCCCAGGACAGGACCUGGCCCAGGGGGAGCUGAACUCGGAGACUGGAGCUGAGCUGGUGCCUGACCCUGCCCAGGCUGCAGUUGCACAAGUGCUAAAGACAA